AUGCAAAAGGUGUGUUUUGUUCAAGAGGCUGGAUAUCGAUCAACUGGAGGAAGCCUUGCUAACAUAGCAGAUAGGCACCAAUCAUCUAAGCUUCACAUUAUGAACCACACCGCUCUCAAUUUGCUUGGUAAUACUGACGUGGCAUGUGCACUAGAUGAAGCAAGAGCCAGAUCAAUUGCCCAGCAUAACCACAAGGCCACAAAAUGCACACGCAUACUUCAGCACCAUAUUAACAUUGCAUUAUUUUUGUCAGCACAAGGUUUGGCAUUUCGAGCGCACGAUGAAUCCAAAUCUUCGUCAAAUAGGGGUAACUUUGUCGAAUUAUUGGACCUUUUAGGAUCCUACUGUAAUGAACUACGAGAAUUUCUCGACAACGAACGAAUUACCUACACGUCGCAUGACCCGCAGAAUGAUCUGAUCGAGUGUAUGUAUCAGGAAGUCAGAACUGAAAUUGAAAAGCGGAUCAAAAAUUCUACGUUUCUGUCCGUUAUGAUGGAUGACACUAGUGACAUCAGUAACGUUGAGCAGUUGGCGAUCUCGGUGCGGCUAAUCAAUAAUGGAGAGAUCGAAGAACAUUUGCUGGCAAUGGUUGAUUCGUCAAGAGAUCAAUCGGCCGAUGGCUUGACUAAUAUUUUAAUGCAAACACUGAGCAAUUACAAAGUGCUUCCAGACAAGGAUGAGGAAAAGCUGAUUGGCCAGUCUUAUGAUGGAGCUCCGUCGAUGAGUGGUGCAUUAAGCGGUGUGCAGAGACAAGUUCAAGAUAAUUUUCCGUUCGCUUUUUACAACCAUUGUGUUGCACACAGGAUGUCGCUUUGUGCCUCUCAAACAGCAAGGAAAAUUCAAAAUGUUGCCAGCUUUUUUGAUACUGUUGACAGUGUCGUUAAAUUCUUCAGAAGUAGCCCGAAACGCAAACAUUUACUUGGCCGUAGUUUGCCCAAACCUGGCGAUACCCGCUGGCUCUCUCGAGACACCGCAAUAGAAGCUAUCGAUUCUUUGUAUGAGGUUAUUGGAACAGUGUUAUUUGAAAUGGCUCUAGAUGGAGAUGAGAAAUCGGAAAUACGAACAACUGCAAGGAGACUAUGCACAAAAAUUCAGCAUAUUAAAGGAUUUUCAAGAUGUGUUGGAAGCCCUCGACUUCAAUGA